AUGGAUAUAAAUAACAGACACGUUUGGUCACUUUUUAGUCUAGUUAAGAAAACUGCACUGUACGCUCUCGCAAAUGUCGUGUGUACUGUACUGCAGACACGCUUCCCAUCUUCCUGGCAGAACGUGCGCACACUCCCUCUUCUCACCCCUCCUAACCGUCCAUCUCCUCACCCCACUUCUCCCGCCCAAGCGCAGCAUCCACCUGCGCCCUGGACGACGGAGUGGAGGGGCGCUCAUGUCUCUAACUCCCCUUCCUCCAUCUCCACCUCUUCCCCCUUCUCUCCCUCAAACAAACAAUGCCUCCCCGCCAUGAGUGGCGUCCACCACUCCCUGGGUAACGGAGUGUCUCAAACGUCUCCAACUCCCUCUCCUUGCCCACCCUACCAGAUCCCGUGCCCCCUUAACUCCUCCCGCCCCCCCUUUCCCCCUUACCUCCUCCCGCCCACCCUCCUCUCCCCCCACCCCACCAACGCGCAGCCCUCCAAUGCGCCCUGGGUGGCGGAGUGUUGCUUAUGUCUCGUAUUACCUCUUCCCUCCAAUCCUACCCAUGCCCCCGCUUUUCAUUUCCCCUUGCCCCCCUCCCUCCCACCCGUUGCCCCCCAUUUUCUCCUGCCCGUUCGCAGCAUCCAUCACUCUGGCGACCAGGUGUUGCUCAUCAUCCACCACUCCAUGGGCGACGGCGUGUCGCUCAUGUCUCUCCUGCUCGCCUGCACCCGCCGCACCGACAACUCCGCCCUCCUGCCCACCCUCCCCACCGCCAAGCGCCAGACCGGCUCCCAGCCCAGCAGUGCAGCUGCAGCUGCAGCGGUGGAGGUGGAGGAGAGUGAGGAGCUGCGGAAGCAGCUGGAUGACGUGGGAGAGCCCGAGAAGGAACAGUUAAAGCCCGGGAAAGUACACAUGCCGUCUGCAGCAUCGGCAUUCACGCUUGACUCGAUGACUGAAUCGCCGUUUGCCCCAGACCCAGUCGGGCAGGCAGCAGCAGAAGCAGCAGUACCUUCAGAAAGGGUUACAGCAGAUGCGGGUGGGAGUGUGGGUGCGGGUGGUGGGGGUGCCAUGGGGAAAGGGGCAGGGGCGGCAGGAAAGAGAGGGGGAGUGGGAGGGUUGGUGGGUGUGGGGAGGUGGAUGUGGCAAGUGAUAGCUGUGUUGGGGAACACGCUGUGGCACGUGUCAACGUUCAUGGCUGUGCUGCUGUGGCGCGCUGAUACUGCCACCUGUGUCAAGAUGAAGUCGGGGAGUGGUGGCGCGCAGAAGAAAGGCGGAAAAGGGAGCAGUGCCGUGCUGCAGCACCCGGAGGAGGGGAGAGGGGAGGUGCAGACUGGGGGAGGGGAUGCUGUGGGAGGGGAUGGGAGUGGAGAUGGAGGAGGGGGAAGGUUUGUGUUUGGAGUGAGUGGGCCGAUGAGCCUGACUGACAUUUCGAGGGUCAGACGAGCCUUUGGUGCGAUCAUUAACGAUGUGAUGGUGACGGUGAUCGCAGGAGUAGAGCCUACCCCAGUUGCCACCUCCCCACUGCCUACCACUGUUCGCCUCAGCGCUGUCUGUGUUGUCAACAUCCGCCCCGCGCCUGGGCUUCAGAUCUCCCCUCUUUUCCCCUUCCUUCCGCUCUCCUCCUCCCCCUUCCAGGAAAUAUCCUCCAUGCUUGCUGGUCGAUCCAAGGCGCGCUGGGGCAACUGCCUCGGAACCUUCCUGCUGCCCCUGCCUGUGCACUCGCCGGUACUCACCAACGGCCUGCCGACUAGAAACGGCAGCAGCGACAGCAAGAGCAGCAACGGCACGCAAGGGGUGAAUGGAAUCCCCAAGAGCGAGCAGGCGGCAGGGGAGGCGGAGGGAAUGGUGCAGAGCAAAGAAGGGGGUGCAGCAGGGGAGGUGGAGCAGCGGCGGCUGCGCAUGGUGGCGAGCAUGUGUGCGUCCAAGCGGCAAUCUCUGGAGGCUCAUUACAACUAUGUCAAUGCGAGACUCGUGCUCGCUACUGCCGGCAUGAAGGUGAGUGAGCUGUGUGUCACUGAGGCUCAUUACAACUAUGUCAAUGCGAGACUCGUGCUCGCUACUGCCGGCAUGAAGUCAGCGUGCACGCUGAUGGGACGCCUGCUGGACCAGACAACCCUCUCCUUCUCCAACAUGAUGGGGCCCGUGGAGGAAGUGAGCCUGGGGGGGCAUGCCUUCGAGCGGAUCAGCCCCACCGUCCUGGGACAGCCACAUGCACUCACGCUGCAUUUCCAGACAUACAAUGGGGCGGCACACAUAGUCCUCUCAGCCAUCAGGGAGAAUGUGCCGGAUCCAGCCUUCCUCAUGCGCUGCUGUGAAGACGCCUUUGCUGCUCUCCAGGCAUCGGUGCAUUGA